GAACCUGUCAGACCUGGGCAGACGGCCUGGAGCUGCGGGCGCCGCGGGCGCCGCGGGAGCGAGGACGGCCCCGCUCCUCCGCGGUCCCGGGCCGAGCUGUGCGAGGCGGCCCCGCCGAGCCGGCCGAGGGCGGGGAGAUGAGCGGCGGCCCCGCGGCUGCGCCCCAGGAUGGGGAGGGACGCGCGGCAGGGCCACCGGGAACUGGCGCUCGGGUGAAGUAGGAGCCGCCGGCCGGCUGCCUGCACCGAGCGGUUCGGCGCCGCGGCCGCUCAGCCUCUGCCAUGGCCGGGUCCGGCGCGUGGAAGCGCCUCAAAUCUCUGCUGAGGAAGGAUGAUGCGCCGCUGUUUUUAAAUGACACCAGCGCCUUUGACUUCUCUGACGAGGUGGGGGACGAGGGUCUUUCUCGGUUUAACAAACUUCGAGUUGUGGUGGCCGAUGACGGUGCUGAAACCCCGGAAAGGCCUGUUAACGGGGCGCACCCGGCCCUCCAGGCCGACGAUGAUUCCUUGCUGGACCAGGACUUACCUUUGACCAACAGUCAGCUGAGUUUGAAGGUGGACCCCUGUGACAACUGCAGCAAACAGAGAGAGUUGCUGAAGCAGAGAAAGGUGAAAACCAGAUUGACCAUUGCUGCCGUUCUUUACUUGCUUUUCAUGAUUGGAGAACUCGUAGGUGGAUACAUUGCAAAUAGCCUAGCAAUCAUGACAGAUGCACUUCAUAUGUUAACUGACCUAAGUGCCAUCAUACUGACCCUGCUUGCUUUGUGGCUGUCUUCAAAAUCACCAACCAAAAGAUUCACCUUUGGAUUUCACCGCUUAGAGGUUUUGUCAGCUAUGAUUAGUGUGCUGCUUGUGUACAUACUUAUGGGAUUCCUCCUGUAUGAAGCUGUCCAAAGAACUAUCCAUAUGAAAUAUGAAAUAAAUGGAGAUAUAAUGCUCAUUACCGCAGCUGUUGGAGUUGCAGUUAACGUCAUAAUGGGGUUUCUGUUGAACCAGUCUGGUCACCAUCACACCCAUUCCCACUCCCUGCCUUCAAAUUCUCCUUCCACCAGUUCUGGAUGUAGACGCAACCACGGGCAGGAUAGCCUGGCGGUGAGAGCUGCCUUUGUACAUGCCUUGGGGGAUUUGGUGCAGAGCGUUGGUGUGCUAAUAGCUGCAUACAUCAUACGAUUCAAGCCAGAAUACAAGAUUGCUGAUCCCAUCUGUACAUACGUAUUUUCAUUACUUGUGGCUUUUACAACAUUUCGCAUCAUAUGGGACACAGUAGUUAUAAUACUAGAAGGUGUACCAAGCCAUUUGAAUGUAGACUAUAUCAGAGAAGCCUUGAUGAAAAUAGAAGAUGUAUAUUCAGUGGAGGAUUUAAAUAUCUGGUCUCUCACUUCAGGAAAACCUACUGCCAUAGUACACAUACAGCUAAUUCCUGGAAGUUCAUCUAAAUGGGAGGAAGUACAGUCCAAAGCAAAGCAUUUAUUAUUGAACACAUUCGGCAUGUAUAAAUGUACUAUUCAGCUUCAGAGUUACAGGCAAGAAGUGGACAGAACUUGUGCGAACUGUCAGAGAUCCAGUCCCUAAUUUUAUAUGUGUUGGGGACUACUGCCUUAUUUAUCCUGCAGUCACAGACGUAAGAGCAAUAAAUGCACACCUCGGUGAGAAAUGGAAUCCCUGACAGCUGUGUCCAUAUCAAGCCGGUCUCUCAGAACAGUCACUCCAGCCUGACGGUGCCAGUUUCUGUUUAAUGGUAAAAUGAGACUUCUCUAUGAUUUUCAGAUGAAGAUGUUUCUAAAAUGCUGUUUACAGAAUGAGACAUGACUUAUAGAUACCUCACAGAAGACAAUCCAAGACUGUACUUCAUUGAUUAUGACAGUACCUGUCUUAAAGGAAGCAUCAAGAAUUCAGUAUUUGCAUUUAAAAAUCCUUUUUAAGGACCAUUUUAUAUCAAGCCAGUGCUGGAAAACUGCGGGGUUUUUUUUUAUUAUGUAAUCAUCACACCCAGCUACUGGAAUUUGACACCCAAGCUCUCUUUUUACCAAAAUUAUUUCUCAACAGAUUUCAGAAAGCACUACUAAUUAUCCAGAAAGUGGAAUAAGCAUGUAUUCCUAGAGUUUCAGAAUGAUUUAUUUCACAAAUAAGUCUUAAUGGUAUUGUUAUAAUUUGUAAUCUGCUUUUUCCAGAUGUUACAGGGUUUUGAAUCUCAAAUGAUUUUGAUUAUUUGUAAUCUUAUCAGCAUCAAAUCUUUACAUAUUGUGGUCACUGACAUUAAAUUAUUUAGGGAAUAUUAUCAGUAUUAUUCUGAAUAGCAGAAGUUAAUCAUAAACUCAAAUUAUUAUAUGUGAUAAUUUAAAACAAAAUAUAAGCAUGAGGAUGGGGUGUGGUGUUUCAGACUUAAGUCUUCCUGAAGUCACUUCUAUUGUUCAUGGAAUUAUCUUUAAGAACAGCAAGAAAUUGCAAGAGGUAGACAAUGAUCCUCUGUCCUUUUAAGAACUCCCUUCCCUUUUGUACAGAAGGUUUGCUUGCUACCUUGCUUCUUGCUUCCAUACCAGUUAACCUGUGUGUGCCCGUUCAGGGUAAAACUCUGGAAAGCUGAGGUUCGGCUUGCCCUCUACCUCUCACGUGUAGAUUAACCACAUUCCUCCAGGGAGAACUUUGGCUGGGUCGUAUGGGUUAGGGAUUCUCCAUGGACUCCAAAAACCCUACGAUAUAAUUUUGCAGUUUUUCCAAUAAUAAUACCAUAGCAGAAAUGCCCAGAGGGAUUGGAGGAAGAUAUUACUCUGGGAAAACAAAAUUCUCAAGGGUUUUUGACUUUGUGUGUGUUUUUAAAGCAGGGGAAUUGGGAUGGACGUUAAAUCUGUGUUGUAGGGAGGCUAAGCAUAGAAGUUUUCAAACCAAAUGCAACUAAUUGGUAACAGUUGUGUUAAAGAGGCAGGUGUGAAUAUUCAUGUUUAAUUUUGCAGCAGUUGGUUUUGUGAUUACCUUUACGCACAUUAGAAAUCCAUUUUCAAGAGGAACAGUUUCUUAUACCAAGAAUAGGUAUGGUUCUUUGAUUCCUCAGAAUCAGAGUAGAGUAGCAAUGUACCAGGCAAGCUGUGAACUGAAAUCCUAGAUGGGCACACCGAAGAAAUCUCAUGUCAGUGGAGAACAGGAAACAGAUCUCAUCUUUCUACCAAGUACCUCACUACAAAUAACCUAAGAUAAAACCUAGAUUUACCUGAAAAAUUGUUAAGAGUUGAUAGUACCCAAUGUAAGGGUUGAUGAGGAUUAAUGAUUCCCAAUAAAACCCAGUGCUUAUUGAAUUGAAUUGAAAAUUCACUUUUUAGGAUUCUUACUGUGAAUCGAUUUUAAAUGAUUUGAAUUUUUCUAAAAUUUCAGUAGCAUAUAAACUGUUAAAAUCAAAAUAAAUAUAAAAUUAAAAUACAGAAGGCAAGUAAGAAUAAGUAAGAGACGUUUCCAUGGGCAUCUGGGCAUUUGUGGGCUUUGAGUACUUAGCGAGAGAAAGGAAAAGAAUAUGCCUUAUAUGCUAGUGGGUUCUCUCAUAUUUGCAGUUGUUCCUCCUAUCUGCAAAGGUUGUUUUUUGUAAACUUUCCUUUAUCUUAAAUAGAUACAUCUGACUUUUCGUAUCUACCCAUUCCUUGGAAAGUUGUUUGAUGAAACAGUCUAAAACGCAUUUGAGGACUGAAAGGAUCCCUUUGUAAAAUGCAGAAACACUGAAAACUUUUGUAAAUCUUACAGUGUUCUGCGUUAAGUGAGGUACACAUGGAGUUUCCUGUGCUUUGCAUUUUGUAGCAAGGACUUACAGAUUUUGUACUGGUACUUUACUGGUUCAGUAAGAUUUGGGGACUGAUUUAACUUUUUGUAACUUGACAAGACCCACAGAGAAGGAUGUGAACUUAGCAGAUACAACUAGGGACUACACAGCUGGUCUGUCAUUUACCCACUGAGCCACAGCCCUGAGUUACACUCCUCAGCCAGCUCUCAGAGAAAGGGCUCUCCAUUGUCCUGGGAAAGGCAGUGGCUGAGUUUGUAUAAACACCUAGCAUUGUUAAUUUUGCACAGGGAAAACAGAUCACAGCAUAAAAUCUGGGCAGUUCUUCAGUGUGAUGUAUUUCAGUUAACAUUUGCAAAUAAUCAGAGUUACUUGUGUACAUAACCUGUGUUUUACAACUCUAGCCAGAUGCAGAAUUUUGAUUUAUUUUAGGGAAGAGACCUAUUGUUUCGUGAAGGACCAUGCUGCCUUAGAAAUAUAAUGUGGGGAAUGUAGUUGAAUAAGGCAUAUUUCAGAGGGCUUUGAAAUGCAGAACCCAGAGCAAUUGUAAUUCCUACAUACAUUUUUCCAUUAGCUAUGCCUUGUGUAAUGUGAACCUAGAUUUUCACAACUUGCAGCUCCCGUCAGUGCUGUUUGCCAAAUCACUAGAUUUCUUACUUUACUGUUUUCUUUUCAGCUUUGAGUGCUUUGUUCCUAGUCUCUAUAACUAAGUUUCCUGCUCAUAGGAAUCUCAGUGUUGUGGUCCUGUCUCUUGAAUCCAGGUGUGCUCACUGAGAGUAUUUCUCUCCAGUAGAAUUUUCCCAGAAUAGACACAGGCAGGAUCAGAUACGUGAGCUUCCCUUUCAUUUUAACGUGAAGAAAAACUAUCUUUCAGAGACAAAGCACCACUUACAAAUGUAUUUCUGGGUGGGGAAGGACCUUUUUUUUUUUUUAACAGCUGAUUUUCCUGAUCCAGAGUUCUCUGCAUGCUGGACCUUCUAGAAUAAGUGUGGUGGAAGUAGACACACCAUACAACCACACACGAAAAUCACUGCUCAUAAGACCCCAGGUUGUGUUUCUCAAACAACAGAAUAUUCUCACUACUUUAGAAGAGAUGAGCAUUCACUUCUGAAACAAGCACAAUUAGCUAAAUUUAUUUUCUUCCUAUGUGUUUAUAUUAAUUGGUUCACCAUAACAAAUAAGGCGUUCUUACAGAAUUUGAGCCCCUUUGGAAUAAGGUCUUAGGCACUUUUGCUGUUGACUCACUCUAGCUUACAUAUAGUAAACUUCAAGUUACAGAAUGUGUUCCUAGAGACAAGAUUGGUUCGUUUGGUUCAGUUUGUCUCUGAGCCGAGCUUCGCUCAUGAGCGGCUGGGUAUUAGUCACAAAUGAAUAGUGACACUCACUAUGUGCUGUGUUGAGGGGAAGCAACCCUGAGUGCCAGACUGAGAGACAUCGUCUUUCUAACCAAAAUAUUGUUCACAAACCCUGGCUGCAAACAUGUCCUGUGAAUCACAGCUCACAGGGCUUCAGAUUUAUUUUACAGAUCGCCAGUCAGGGGUAUUGCUUGUGAUGUUGGUAGCAGGCAAAUUGAAGAGAAUUGCUGUGGAGUUCCUCAGUGUUGAAUGAAUUGUGUGUGUGCAGCUUGGUUACACAUGGAGGCCAGUCUGCCAUUGAAUUCUCACUUCUAAAAGGUUUAACCUGUUCCUCAGUGGUACUGUGAGGACCAACAAACAUUUUCCGAAUUUUGGUAAGAUUGGAAAACAUUUAUGGAGGUUUUCCCAGUUUAACCCAUGACAGUGUUCAUUUGAAUAUUGCAAUUAAGUAUAUUCUGAAAUAACUGCAACACAAAAUUGAAAUGUGCCAGUAUGUCAGCUUUGCACCUAAAGAUAAUGUAUAUUUGGAAAGCUUAUGUUUCUCUAAAUAAGUAUAUGUUAAUCAGUAAGCCAUAUCACAGUUUAAGAAAUUGUAUAUACUUUUCCAUAUACACCUUCAGAAACCAGGUAUUUUGCAUAUGAUUGAUUUUAGAAAGAUUUUGAAGCUGGAGUUUGUCCAUGUAAUUUAAGAUCAAAGUAUAGUAUAUAUAUAUAUAUGUACUGUAUUUGCAAUUUUCAAAUUGUAAUUUCCUAUACAUUUAUUAAAGUAUUGUUUUGCCAUGUGGUUUAUUAAAAAUGAAA